CUCGUAUAAAUUUAAUUCACAAGACUUCAACACAGGGGACGUACAAUUUCUGAUAAAAGACAAGAGACUGGGGAUAAUGACAGACUCAUUGGAAUACAGACACUAAUUAAUUUGCUGUAGUAGAAUAAAACAGAAAUGAUUUGUGUCCAUCCUCUGCUACAUGAGAAUCAAAACUCAGAGUUCCAGAGUCUGGACUUUACUUCAAGGUUGGAUAUGGAGGUGAGCUGCAAACAAGACCCGCUCUCUGCCACAUCUCUCCCAAGCAUUGGUUCCCUGGUUGGCACCUACACGGACGAGUUUGAUGUUUACGCAUGUCAGGUCCCCUCUGCCCCUACUAACGCUGGAACAAAUACUGGUGAGGACUCAAACUUUAAGCUGGACGACUUCCAAGUUUUGGGCUGCUAACCAAGCAGAGCAUUCCAGAUGAGCUAUCUUGAUGAGACCCUGUCCUCUGUAGGCUCAGACUAUUUUGGCAGCUCUGUAUCGGUUCUGUCUCCUACCACCCCAGCCUUCCAGACUCAGCCUGUGUCAUCUUGGGAUUCCGCCUUUGGGCCUUGCUCUCCCAGCUCUGGGUACUGGGUGGCCGAUAAGACUGAAUUGCCUUAGCCAUCCUCAUUCUUCAACUUCAGCUCAGCAUCCGCAGAGGAUUUAUCUCUUCUGGGCCCGUCCCAGUUAGCUGAUCAAGAAUCCUUCACUCUGGCCCAGCAGCACUCUUCACUCCUGCCCUUCUCCCCUCUAGCUCUGGAGUCAGACAUUUUUGAUGGCCCUGCCACUAUAGAGGUCAGCAUUUCCCCCAAAGCUAGAAGCCCCAAUAGGAAUGAAGGCUGCUGUGCUGUGUGUGGAGACAAUGCCUCCUGCCAGCACUAUGGGGUUCGCACUUGUGAGGGAUGCAAAGUAAAUGGACUGCAUUAAUAUAGCGCUUUUCUACCUUAACGGCACUCAAAGCACUUUACAAUGUUUGCCUCUCAUUCACCCAUUCAUACUCUCACUCACACAUACCGACGGCAGCGAGCUACCAUGCAAGGCGCCGGCCUGCCAAUCGGGAGCAACUUGGGGUUCAGAGUCUUGCUCAAGGAUACUUCGGCACAUGACCUAGGAGGAGUCGGGGAUCGAACCGCCAACCUUGCGAUUAACAGACAACCCUCUCUACCCCCUGAGCCACAGCCGCCCAAAGGGUUUUUCAAGCGCACUGUUCAGAAAAAUUCUAAAUAUAUUUGCCUUGCCAACAAAGACUGUCUGAUAGACAAGCGUCGGCGAAACCGAUGUCAGUUUUGUCGUUUCCAAAAGUGCCUUGGUGUAGGAAUGGUGAAAGAAGUUGUGAGAACAGAUAGCUUAAAAGGCAGAAGAGGUCGCCUCCCUUCAAAGCUGAAAAUAGUCCAGGGUCUGACACCCUCUGCUUCUCCAGUUAGCUUGAUUGCUUCCCUUGUGAGGGCACAUAUUGACUCAAACCCAGGUGUUGGAAAACUGGAUUACUCUAAGUACCAGGAAACUGUGGUUAACCUGUUAGAUAAAGAAGACGCUAGUGACAUCAAACAGUUCUAUGACUUGCUUACAGAGUCCAUGGAAGAAAUUAGUAAUUGGGCAUUGACUGUUCCUGGAUUCUCGGCCUUUGGUCAGGAGGACCAGGAACUGUUGUUGGAAUCUGCCUUUAUUGAACUGUUCAUCCUGCACAUUGCAUACAGGUCCAACUCUGAAACUGACAAGUUGAUCUUCUGCAAUGGUGUGGUGCUUCACAGGAUGCAGUGUGUGAGAAGUUUUGGUGACUGGCUCAAUUCCAUCAUGGACUUCUCACAAAGCCUGCAUCGUAUGAGAUUGGACAUACCAUCCUUCUCAUGUCUCAUAACUUUGGUCCUAAUCACCGAUCGCCAUGGUCUAAAGGAACCAAAGCGUGUAGAAGACUUCCAGAACCAGCUCAUCACCUGCUUGAAAGAUCACAUCUCCAGUUGUGCCUCAGACUACCUGUCCAAGCUCCUAGGGAAGCUUCCAGAACUGCGGACACUGUGCACACAAGGCCUGCAGCGCAUCUUCUACUUAAAACUGCAGGACCUGGUCCCUCCUCCCUCCAUAGUUGACAAAAUAUUUCUGGACACUUUGUCUUUCUGAGAGAAAGAGAUCAGAAGACUGUGACACUGUGAUGUAUAUAUCUUAAGUGAUUUAGAAAAAAGGUAGGAUGGAAAACGACAAACAAUAGCUCUCAAAAUAUAAAUAAUGAAGUUCUAACUCAAGCUGUCAGAAGAAACUAUCAAGACAUCCAUGCAUCUCACGUAAAAAUCUGUUUUUAAUCGAUGUUGUAUUACAACAGCACUCCAAUCGUAUGUCCUUGUUGCUGUCAAUGUUGGACAAACUAAACAAUAGAUUAGUGUUCAAGGUAUCAGCAAAUACUUCUUAAUAUCUUCUCAAUUGUACAGUAUAUCAUCUACCGUAAGAACUGAACCAGGGGCGUCGUUAGACCCUUUUUACUGGGGCAUGUGCCCCAGUAUGAAUCUGCUGUGCCCCAGUAAAAUCUAAAGUUUGAUAGAUAUGCAUAUUAUGAAACUCACAGACCGCUAUGAUAGCCUGAUGAAGAGGGUGACCUUAUAGCCAAAUAAAACCUAACCCAGUCUUGUCCAGCCAAAGUAACUGGAUAAAGUCACACAGUCAACUCAGAUUACAGCAGGUAUGUGAACAAUGGAAUGACAAGCUUUUCCAAGUCCUUCAAUCAUCCUUCGGAAAACAUUUGAGCAUUGUUUGUGGAACAAAUCAGGUACCGUUUUUAUCCUGUGAAAAAUAAUCAAUAUGCGGUCUUCAAAAGGACGUGUACAGGCUACUCCAUUUAUUUAGUAUUUAGUAGUUACUGUGCCUUAGAUCCAUGCCUGGAACUUUCUGGCAACCUCCCAGUCAGACUAGGCAUGUAGAUGGUCUCAGGGAUCAAAACGUGGACACAUGAAGACAUAAACCAGUGCCUGAAAAUUGUAACACAUUUUGUAAUGAGUAACACAAAUACACAAAUGACAAACAACCCCUUAUUCUUGCACUGCAACAUAUAUCCCCCCUGGUAACAUCAACUUAUGCUGUGGGUAUUCAUCACAUCACUAGUAAAACCACAGCUACUAUUAUACUUGAGGUCAGUUCACCUGACAGAUAAAGGCUAGUUUUGUAUCAAAUCCCACUGUCAGUUGACUUCACAUGUACAUUAGUGAUAGGUGUAUGUAAAGACUGUACCUUAUGUGAUUUCUACUACUUUAGACAAAUUAGUUCAUGGGCUUCAACAAAUAACGAAAUAUCCUCUGUGUUAAUAUCUCUCCAUUCAGAUACUUGAUUUACACUGCCAUCCGGUGGACAUGAGAUGCAAAGUUCACUUCAUUUAUAACACACCCACAUUCUGUUAACCCUUGUGUUCUCCUCGGGUCGUUCUGACCCAUCAGUCAUUGUGACCCACCGUCGUAUUGCGACAACUUUACCGCAUACAAAAACAAAGUGAAGCAUUUUCUUUUAACCGUCGGGCUGUCUCAGACCCCCCACAUUGCGAAGGUUAAAAGAAAAGUAUUUUUAUUUGGUUUUGUAUUGGGUAAAAUUGGGUAAACACAAUGAUGGUUCGUUAUGAACCUUUGGGUCAUGUGACCCGAAGGCAGCACGAGGGUUAAGAGGUAGUGAUUGCAGAAUCUAUUCAGCACAGCCAGAGAACCUUACCACUAACUCAUUUAUAAUGCACCUAGUUCAGAUAGCGUUUUGUGGGUUCCUUCUCUGACUGAUUUAGGGGAUAUUUUUCCUUGGAUGCAAUCUCCUUAUCAAGUCAGAAAGCAUAAAAUAACAUUUUAGGACUAUGAAAAAUCUGUACAUUCCCUUUUUUAUCGUAAACACAUAUAAGGUUGACAAAGCAGAUGGUCAGAAGGGUAUGGUUAAAUGUCAUGGAAGGUAGUGGCCCUAAUCUGAAUGAAU